UUGUGCAUCAAUCUUGAUAACUUACCGACGCUUGGUUUAGCGUCACGUUCUGUGCCCUGCCUCCCAACAAGUAGCUGCAGUAGCAGCACAUUAUAGCACGCGUAUUCUUCAAGUGUCUGAACAGGUAGAUAGAUGAACCCGAUUGCCUAGAAGCUCUUUCAUAUCCGGUUCUGAAGCUUUAGCAAGGUCGUUUGUCAUUUGUUCUCGAGAGGGAGCACCACUUAACCUGACAUGGUGUUCAAUGAUUCGACUUGUCAAAACUGACAAUGUGGCCAUAAAUUACGCGCAAAUUCAAUGUUGAUUCAGACGCUACCAGGUCACAACAAAGUCUGCGCACCUUGAAUCUAUUUCUAGGUUGAAGAAGAUCUGGGCAGGUCAUGUCCGCCACAACAUCAAACGAUGCCGCCGACGAUGAGUUGUGCGAUAUCAUGUCGCUUCCUUCUAGUAUUGAGGAUGAUGAUGAUGAUAUCGACGAUGUGUCAACGACCUCGACUGUCAUAGAUUACUUCAGGUCGGAAGGCCAGGGCGAAUCUGACGACCCGGACAACAUGGACCUGGAUAUUGAAGAUCCAGAAAAACUGUGGGAAAUCGAAGCCGUCGCUGCCGAAAGGCGGAGCAGCGCGGGCAAGAUGAGGUACCUUGUCCACUGGGUAGGGUUUCCAAUCUACAGAAGCACCUGGGAGGUAGCCGAAAACUUCCCCGAGGACGGUUUGGAAAACUGGGAAGAGACAAAGGCCGAGAUUGAAGCUGGCUUGAAAGAACCUUUCAAGAAGGAGAUAUUACGAUGGCGAGAUGCGGUGAAAACGCAGAAUGACAAGCGGUUGAAGAGAAACGCCAAGCGAAAAAGACUUGGCCUUCCCUUUAAGAGCCUCUACGACUACGAACAACCGUUUCGGACUGAUUGGGAGAUGGAUUUGGAUGAAUUAGAUGACGAUGAUUCGGCCACAGACAAGAUAUCUCAGAGUGCGGAGAAAGCGAGUGAAAUCAUUGUUUGCGGUUCCAGUAGCGACGAAGCAGAAGAAGACGACACGGUCGACGACGCGGGGAGUCGGCGUAUACUGGAGACAAGACAGCCACAGCAAAGGACAAAUCGAAUCUUCAAGGGAAUCGCCGACUCAUCGAUGCCCACCAGCUCUAAGAAUAGGGCCACUGGCACAAACCCGAGUGCUGGUAAUCAACCGCGAAAGCGGGUUAAUAUUGGUGGAAAGUCGCCGGCAUCUUCAAGCUCUACUCAAACCCAAAGCAUCCCUAGCCUGCGACCGGCUUCAACAAUGCCAAAACCACAAGCCGUCACCGCAAAACCAUCCGCCACAGGAUACCAAGGGACUGCGCGAAGACACACCGAUCAGCCAAGGGAGCGAGCGUCUGCUACUGGUUAUCAAGGUACCGCACAAAGGGCGACGGCGGAUGGUGCUACAGUGCCUAGGCCUGCAAAGUCAAGCAUGUUGGCGUCUUCGGUAGUUAAGAGCUCCAAAGGCAUGACUGCUCGCCGGACGGUGUCCAGGCCAACUACAAUGAUCAACGUUACUAGGAUCAAUAUAUCUGCCUUGAGGAAACCCAAGCGGAAGUCGUACCUAGACUCGGAUGCGGACGGCGCUGUUCAAAGCAAUUCCAAUAAACGAUAUGUUAGUCUCUCAACCCGACGGAGAGUAGAGCUUCGAGGUCGAAACAAGGAAAACGAUGCUCCCACCGCUGCCGAGAUGGAGGGUAGACUGUUCAAUCCCGCCCUAGGACCGCCAGCGUCGAAAGCCCCUGCCGCAAAGCCGCAUCCUGUGAACCAGACUCUGGCCUCCCGCAAAAAGGCUUCUGUGGCGGACCCAAUAGGACAAACAACCAAGACCAAGCGAAAGUCAGUUCAUUUCGCUCCAGAUGAUGACAGCCCUGCUCCUGCCACCUUUACGGGAUCGCAGGUCUUCGCAGAACCAGAAGAGAUGGACGUGGUCGAAGAUAGUCCAACAAUGAAUCCAGGAGAUUCAUCGGACAUGGAAAUCGAUUUGCCAGAACCAACAGGGAAGGAAAAUGCUGAUCCUGCAAGCCCCACGACUCCCGCUCGAAAGGUCACGUUGGCGGAAUACCAAGCAGCCAAAACGACACCUAGAAGCGUGCAGAUCAAGGCUAGUUUCGGUUCCAGCUCACCUUUGGACGUCCUUUUCAAUGGAAUUCCUAACGAUUCUGAUCCUCGUGUUCAGGAUCAACAAUGGCUGAAAGAGUUUCUCACCGGGGAUGUACUACCGUUUCGCCACCAAUGCCUUGCCGAGCUCCUGCUGAAGCGGAUUGAGCAAGUAAGGCCAUCCCAAAAGAAUCACUGCUCCGGAAGUAUCACAGGCAAGGACGAAAAUGCCGACAAAAUGCUCACAAAUGUGUCGGAGCGACUUAAAGCUGGCGGAAAUGGGCUUUUACUUAGUCGUGUCCAUUACGCAGUGCUUGUUUAUCCUGCCAAAUGCGAUUAUUGGGCCCCGGACAGCUUGGAUGGCGAAGAAAAGGAAUCCGAUGUUGCUGUACUCAGGUACAUCUUGUUUACUCCAGCAGAUGACAUUUCGUUGAUGCUACAAGGCGAGAACACAAGGUCUAUAGCUGCCGAGCCAACGACACGCCAUAGCCGUGUUCGAUUCAUGGAUCAUUUAUUUGGUCUGGGCGAGUCUGCAUUUGAAAGACUUGUGCCCCCUGGUCCUCAGGUCGGCACGGGAACGCCGCGCUUUUGCUUGAUAUUCCCUCUGUCCUGUGCAGCAGAAUUUAUGCAAGCUAGCAUGUGGAUCCGGGCAUGCAACCCGGACGCAGAGGUGUAUACUGCUCAUCUUCACGGCAGCUGGCGAGAUUUUUUAAGCAACCUGGAGCCGACUUCGGUCGCCGCAGUGAUAGUUCACGAAGCUGCUCUCAGGACCCUUCGGCGAUUACCAAAGCUGCGACUGUUUCUGGAAAACGCUCGGUAUUGGGUUUGGCGCUGGCCAGACAAGGCAAACCUAUGGAAUUCGCUCGAUGCGCAACCAGAACGUCUUUUUCCCUUUGGUCAUCUCACGCUGCUGACACCAAGUUUUGUGGUUUCUGAGCCUAGACUAGCCUUGGAGACAAUAAGUGAGCAUGUACGCAACAAAACGAAGGCCAUCAUGAUAUCUCACGAUUUUGUGAACUGGGUGGGUGACCUGGCGGCAGAGAAAUCGCGCCUCAGGCAAGGCAUUUUACAAGAUGCUCGGCUCUCAGACAAGGAGCGCGAGAACAAGGCUACCAUGAGGGGCGUAUCAAUGGACGACUGUCACGCUAUAUCUCAACUGGCAACUGAAAUGCUCGCAAUGACCGGGCCGACGCUUCAUCGGUUGCCGGAAGAGUCCUAUACGAGCAAUUUUAUAUUCGCGGAGCAGUGCGUUGACGACAACGACGAGCAGAGCCUGGUCAACUGGUUUGGAUGGUGGUCUAUUGCGAACGCUGAAAAGUUCCGCAAGUUCAACGUGCUUGGGACAAGAAAUGGCAGCAGAACCUUGUGCCGGAAGCGAGCGUUUCUCAAGAUUCCUAGCUUUUCCAAGAACACAAUCAACGAUCCCGACGGUUUGCUGCGAAAGAUCCGUGAGGAGGACGGAAAGAAGGAGGCCGAGUUGGCGGGCGCGAGGCCAAAACCUCCCGACCAGCCUAUGGCAACUGCCGGUUCUGCACCGCCGUCAGUACAACAGAAUCCGGCACCCGAUUUGACCGUAUUCCGAAGCGAAAGGUUGCCCCAGGAAACUCCUAAGGCAUUUCUUGACGAGCUCAACCGCAUUCAAACCCGCGCGGACCGAAAGAUCAAACCAGGAGUGUGGCGGUUGUUUGCAUUUCCGAUUUACUGGAAAGACGGCGAUGAACUGUUCCAACAUGGCCGGAUUAACAGCAACCAGGACAACCUGAUACGACAAUGGUUUGACUAUACAUGGGCAUUUGAUAAAACGUACAGGAUGUACAUAGGUUUCUGCUACAUGGUAGAGGAUUCUUUCAACCCGGCAAUGUCGGCAAGGGGUCAGCGAGCGCCACGCCGGCCUUGGCUUGUGAUAUACCGAAUCAACGAGGAGGUGGUUACGGAGCAGUCGUCAAGGACGCCGACAGAAAUCAUCAUUGUGGACCCUGCUGCCGGCAUGGACACUCCUGGGAAGUAUAUCCUAGAGGAUUGCUUGCCAAGCUCGCAGCAGGCCGUUAUAAACCACAUACGCAAGCACGAGCCCGACAAGAAACAUCGCGACAGGGUGGGAGGUCAAUUUGUCUUCACCCACAGGAUGCCGCCACAGAAAGUGGCCAACAUCUGGGUUGCGGGAAUGCCGAUAACUGUUGCAGGUCUGUCGCCAGUAGACCAAUGCCUAAGGCUGGCUGAAAAUCUAAUUGAUAGUCUUGAAAUGCUGCCAUUAUCAUCUGAGCGGCUGGCGCGGAUGGGGUUCAAGUUGGUCUUUAAGGACCACCCGUCUUCUACUCCUUCCUCAUCUCCCGUCAACGAUGACAAUCCCGAUGAGAAUCCUGAUUCUACCGAGCUGGAAACCAAAAUUGUUUUCCACCCACCGGUACCCGACACGUCCUUCGAGGGGCCCAGCAAGUGCAGUAACCGGCUGUUCGAGGCAGCGCGGCUGGCCCGGGUCAAGGACAAAAACGCUACCCACAUGACUUACGAAUACCGCCCAACGGUGGAGUGGUACGAAGAGCAGAGGCUUGAGGGCAGAGGGUGGGAGCACGUCUGGGUGGGCACGUACGAGAAGUUGUAUUCGGCACGGCAGAAGACGAGGAUUCCGACCGAGCAUGCGCCGCCAGCGGCAGUGCCUUGAAAACGAACGUCUAGGCGGUGACUGGAGAAACGGACGGGCUUCGUCUAUUGUCGUUGUUGAGAAAAAGCCCUCUUUUUUGUUGAGGCUAUUGCUUGUGUUGAGAUUUUGACGACGAGGCUCCUUGCGAUACUACGACGGAAAGAAAGGGAUGUUGCACCCCGUAUAAAGAUACUUUGGGCCACGCAAGAAUAAAUGGCCACUUCUCUGUAUCCGUGGUUUACGAGUAUUCAGGACGGACGGAGAUUCCGUAUUUGGUCUACAGAUCACUGGAGGGUUUUGGGCCAUAUCAAAGCACGAAGGACGCAUUUAGGGCCAGUUGACUGCGCACAUUCAUGGACAGUGCUGGAAUUCUUUGCUUUCGUACUCUCAAGUACACCACGGCAGUAGUCAAUCAGGGCAUAUCAAAACUAGGAAUACUACUGUUGGGCCGAAAGCUGCCCGACUGACGCCUUCGAUGCCAAGGAAUGCUGUAUUUCGUCCAUUCAUUAUGAUUUGAUCGUCAUGACCAGAAGGGAUGUCAAAUGACUGUCGACAUCCGGGAUUUCGAUCUAUACCAACGUAUUACAUAUAUACAAUAUACAGAUGGGGGGGGGAUUUAAAAGUAGGCAGGAUAUACAAAAAAAAAAAUCAACACGUGACAAGAACCG